CAUUUAAAAAUAUAUAAUUAACUAUAUGAUCAAUGUUAAAUAAUCUCUCCAUAUUUAUUUAAAUGACGUUUUGAAACGAUUUGUUUGUUUCACUAUACUUGACGCUUUGGAGAAAUCAAUGUAAAUUAUAGUGAUAAAAGUAUAUUUAUCCAAUAUUCAAUGUGAUAUACAACAUAAAAUUGUUAAUUAAUGAAGUAUAGAAAAUGUAAUGUACUAGAUGCUUUAAUUUGCGUAAAAUUUCUACAACGUCGUAUAAAAAAAAGAGGGAGUAUAUUUUUAUUUUUUUAACUCAAGUUUCACUAUAACCUACACUCAUAACUUUUAGCUAUAGAGUAAAUGAAAUGUAAGCCCAAUGAUAAAGCACUGUGAUAUAAGAGAUAAAAAAAGGCUUUAAUUCAAAAGUAUCCAAUACUGUGAUAGAGAGAGAGCAAGGCCCAAAGUGAAGAAUAGUAGGCCACGUGGAUAAACCAAGAAGAAACAGACGAACAAGCGUGUGUGUAACGACGACGUAUCGUAUCACCUAACAAGUGUCGGCUUCCACCAUCCACGAGCUCCAAUCUUUUUUGUUUGCCGUCACAUGCUUGUCUUUCCCUUUCUUUAUAAAAUGUAUAUACACUGGAAUCAAUUAAAUAAUUAUUUACACACAACUUAUUUUUCUGUUAUUCUCAAUCACCACUAAGAAUUAUUUCAUGAUUGGUUUUUAAAAAAGCUGAAAGAAAGUGGAGUAUUCUCAUAUGUUUCCUUGUUUAUGUGGAUUGCAUUCAUACUGUAUCUUUACAUUCACGAUCAUGUCACUUUUAUAUGGAAUAAUAUAUCAUAGAUAUUUCUAAUAUCAACGAACAUCAAGACUCGAUAAUUUCACAAUUAGACAGACAAUGAUAACCAUAUAUGUAUCAAUUAAAAAUGUGUUUUGCAUAAAUAAUGUAAGGAAACUUCAUUUUUUUUUGUAGUUUUCCAUGGAACUUUCGAUGCAUUGUUCAUAUACCAUCGUUGACAUACUACGUCGUAAGCAUAGUUUUAAUGAGUCAAAUUAAGAGGACGUUUAGUUUAAACAAUAGUUUUGGUUAAGUUUACAAGGUAAUCAUUACAUAUGCCAUUUGUGAUGAAGUGAUGUUUGUUUUGACAAUGAUAAGAUAGCAAAUGUCAACGACAUAAAGAAUCAUGAAAACUAUGAAAAUGUUCAUCUUCCCACUACAAGCAACAACAAGCACACCCAUAAAUAAAGUAAAAAAAAAAAAACUAUAGUGACGUUAAUUAAAUAUGGACGAGAUCUAUCUUUAACCAUAAGUAUUAAUCAUCAUCAACAUUGCAACCAAACAGCAUUGUAACCAAAACGGUAACGUGUCAAAAGCCUUUAUUACCUGAAUUGUAUUUUCUUUUUUUUUGUUCAUUUACUCCCGGCGAUUCUCUCUCUCUCUCUCUCUCUCUCUAAAAGAGAAGCUUCAGACAACAGAAGAAGACAACUUCUUGAACUCACUAGAUCUUCUUCUUUGUUGUUGUUCUCUGUCCGUAAAGUUUUUUUCAACUUUUUUUUCCCGAUGAGGUGUAAGAGACAUAUAGUUGAUUUCAGCAGCAGCAUCGGCGUUUGCGCUUCUUGCCUCCGUGAACGUCUCUUUUCCCUCGCCGCUUCAACCGCCGCGUCAGAAAGGAUCUCUCCUCCUCCUCGUCCUCUGGUGUUCCCUCGCUCUGUUUCUCCUUACGUCUCCGCUAGAAAAUCCGACGCCGGAAGAGCUUCUUCUAAAAACAGAUUCUUCCCAACGCCGCAAGUCACCUCCACCGCCGGCGGCGGAGGAGGAGGAGGAUCGUCGGAAAAAGUCUUCGACUCCGGCAGAUCGUAUAAGAAGAAACAGAGCAGGCUAUCUCGGUUCUCUAGCUUAUUCAGGUCAAGAUCCGACGAGUUUCAAGACCCCUUCGUCGCGUCGACGUCGUCCACGUCGCGUUCUUGGCUCUCGAAGGUUCUCUCCGUCCGAUCGAAAAAGCCGUCACCCAACGACACGUGCUACAUCGAGGAUUUGAUCGCCUCCGAGUCAAGCCACCGACCGAGGCAGAGAUACUGCAGAGGAAUGUCACCCGCGACGGUGGAUUACGACGACAUCGAGGAAACUCCCGAGAGAGUGAAAAGAACGCCGGCGGCUGCGGCGGCGAUGGGAACUCCGGGGAGAAGAAAGACGGCGAUGAUCGGUACGGGGAUGGGUUUCUGCUUGAGUCCGUUAGUGAGAGCUAAACCUUCUAACUGGAAAGGGAAACUUCCGCCGGAAUUUGGAUACGCCACCACAGGGGAGAUGAAGUCUCCGGCGAGGCCUCACAUUUCGACGGCGGCGUCUUUUUGCGCGAACCGGUCUAAGAAGCUUGUCGAUUUAGGACGGGUUGAUCCUCGCCGUUGAUGUGUUUUUUUUUGGUGUUUGGUCGUUAUCAGACCGUUCUAUAUACGUAAUUACUUAAAUACCCCUCACAAGAUUCAUAUGAUAGUUUUUACUAUACCAACAGAUAAUGAGUGGAAAUUUUCUCUAUUUUAUAGUGCAACUAUGAAAGUCGCAAUACUCUCGUAGUAUAUUAAAACAGAUUUUACCUCGGAGAUUAGAUGAAAAAAAUCUAAGUGAUAGAUUUUAGAAGAAUAAACGUAUGACUAGUUCAGGUAUGAAUAAUAGUCAAAUAUUACAAUUUUUUCUUUUGAAGUAUUCAAAUCAAGAACCAGUGUGCUUUGAGUAAAUUUCAUUCUAUAUAUUAUAAUAAGACUAUGAAAGUCUUUUGUAUGGUA